UAACCUCUAGAGAAAGUCAGGGAUCGAGACGAAAGCAUUACAUUAGUUGGAAUACUUCAUGCUAUAAUAUGAACUAUUGUAGUCAAUUGAGUUUCGUUGAACUCGAUGAUUACUGAAAAUAUGACAAACAUUCAUCGCAAUAGUAAGUGAUAAACAUUGGAUUUAUGAUCUAUCGAUAAGAUAAAAGUGUUCCAAAUAAAAAUAAUGUAGAAAUAAAGAAUUUUUAUGGACAAUAGUUGAGGCGAACAAAUAAGACUCAAAAUAUUAGUUGGUAGUUUUGCUUGAGAUAUUCAUUCAGACAUCCUUAAAAAUUAGAUGAUUGUAACGAAAGAAUACACUUACAACCACUGAUACAAUGUUAAUCAGUGCUAGUGACUUAUAUCUUGCUAAAAAUUUUUUACUCGUAAGUAAAAUAUCUUCUUAACUAAACUCUAAAAAAAUUCUAUUAAUGAGUUUUGUCAUAAUAUUUUCUAACUUUGGAUGUGAUAUAAUUAUUCUGUCUUUGACAAGUUGACGUCUUCAGUAGAGGUAAAUAUGUGAUUCUUUUUUAGAGUUUGUAUAUGAGUCACUAUCUGCUUUAUUUUAUUGUGUGGUGGUGGUAAUUCAGAUAUAUAUUUGUGAAUUGAAUCGAAUGUUCGUGUCAGCAACAGUGUUAAUCAUGCAUUUGAAUUUAUAAAGUUGGCGCUAGAAAAAUUACAAGCCUAUUCCGUAUGAAAAAUAUUUUAUUGUAUGCAUAGAAAUACUCUAAUUUUGAAAACCUAUCGAGUUGAUUUCUUUAUUCGUUCUGUUUUAUAGUUUAGAUCAAAUGUGAUGUCAUUUGAAUUAUUUUCGAAAAUUUAUGAAUCAUAAGAUAUUGAUAUUUGUUUAUUUGGAAAGAGAACUAACCAACAUGAUCAGAAUAAUAAAGCUAAAAAAGAUCUAAAAAAUAUAAUGUAGUCAAAUUUAUUUACAGAAAUUUUGAAAAAAAAACUUUGUUUAACAUGCGGUCCAAAUUUGACUCCCAUUUGCAAGGAUAAUUAGAUUGUUGAUCGAAAUGAAUUUUGUUGAUAGUCAGAUUGUCGAGAAAUUAUUGUCGAAAAAUCUUGGUCGACACAACAUUUUAUGGAAGAGCACAUUUCAUUGAAACAACUUUUGCUUCUAGUCAAUCAUAGAAAGAUAAUUAGAAGACACGUUUGAAAUUUUGUCCUGACGAUAAAAGAAUGAGAAAAAUAACACAGUUAUCUUUUGACGAAACAUUCCGUCAACAAAAUAUACUGCCAAUAAAAUAUUCUGUUGACGAAAUGCUUUUCUACAAAAUAUUUUCGACGAAAAGUCUGUCGACGAAAUUUGAAAGUAUUCUUAAGUCAAAACUUUCGCGACUAAUUAAAAGAAUCUGUGCCUUGAUUCAGAACUUACAGACAUAUCAUCUGAUCCGUUAAUUCUUGACUAUUUUCUGUUGAUUGUUAGUCCUUGCAGUAAAAUCUUUCCUCUUACUUUCUUUUUGACAAUUUUUACACACUGCUACCAUGAAAAUAAUGAUGAUCAAUAUGUUCGAAAGCAUGUCUACUAGAAUUAUGUGAUGCAAAUCAAAUUACAUUAUGUUCUUUUUACAUUAUCAAAUUGUUACUACACUGAAAUAUUGCUCAAUUGUGUUACAAGUCAGAUACUCGUUUUCUACUGCAAGAAAAUAUUGGAAAUAAUUGUUUAUGCUUUCAUUCGAAGUAAAAAUAUUAUUAAUUAAUAAUCAAUAUGAAAGGACCUAUUCUUGCAUUAGUAAAACCUAAAGAUCCAUUGUUUUUGGCAGAAUUCAUGUACCUAUUCAUAUUUUCCCCAUACGACAUAUUCUACUUAAAUAAAAUGAGAUAUUUUAAUCUUUGAAGAACAUCAAAAUAAAUUUUACUUGAUGCGUAUCGUGAGAAGAAGACAAACAGAAAUUUAUCAUCCGCUUCGACCGUCAGCAUUACAUACAUUUAUAACGAUGAUGAUUAUAACAUCGUGAGAGCAAAAUAUAUACAUGUAUAUUUAUCUGAAUAAGAUACUUCUAUCGACAAGUCUAUAUUAAUAUUUUAAGUUAAAGCCUGGCCAAUUUACUGAUGAUGGCUCAAUGGCAUUAUGUUUAGCUGUCGCUUUAUUGGGUAGUGACAGCGAUACUUCACUUAUUCAUCCAUCAGUUGUACAAAUGAAUUUAUAUCGACGUUGGUAUGACACUGGUUAUUUAUCAUCAACUGGAGAAUGUUUUGAUAUAGGAAUAACUGUGCGCACUGCCCUAAACCCAUUUAUUUCUCAUUAUGAUCAAGCUGAAAGUAAUAAAUUAACUAGUGCUACUGCUUACUAUGGAAAUGCAAGCAACAAUGCAUCUGGUAAUGAUUCGUUAAUGCGAUUAGCACCGAUUCCCUUGCUUUAUCAUCAAGAUCCUCUUAAUGCUAUGAUCGAAGCAGUUAAUUCAUCAAAGAUUACGCAUGCUUCAUUACUAUGUUUAGAUUGUUGUAGAGUUCCGGAUGGUUUACCGAAUGAUUAUUGGACGACAAAAGGAAUCUCACCACUUGAACCAUCUGUUCUUGCAGUGAUGACUGGUUCAUACAAACAUUGUAAUCCUCCUCAGAUCAAAGCUUCAGGAUUUGUUAUCGAGACAAUGGAAGCAGCACUAUGGGCAUUUUAUCACACAAAUUCAUUUCAAGAAGGUGCACUAAAAGCAGUAAAUUUAGGAGAUGAUGCUGAUACAGUGGGAGCAAUUUAUGGCAUGUUGGCAGGAGCUUAUCAUGGAGUUAAUGUCAUACCCACCGAAUGA